UUCUGUCGAUAAAACGAGCCCGAUGCAUUUGGCUCGAUAAGCGGCUUUUUUCUCCUAGCGCUACUGUAUUUAAAGAGUGCACAUAUUCUGGAGUGGAGAGUUGAUGAAGUCAGUUGCUCCUGGCGCGUGAUAAAGUUUUUGGUUAGCAUUAUUUUGUUGAGCUGAACAUGUCUGUGCGUGUUUUCGCUUGCCAUUGUUUGAAUAUACAAGUGAGUGGUAGAGAAGGUAAGGUAAAGUUACAAGAUGUUAAAGAACUUGAUCUUCCUGAAGAAGUUAUGUCAGAUCCCUUUUUCUCGGGUAAAGCUUAUGAUGUAAUACUGGAUUUAGUUGGUGUAACAAUGGCCAAGAAAUUACUCUGCAAGACCCGUAUUGCAGGUGGAAAGUGGACUGUGAACACAUGUACCAGUUGCAUGUUUGAUGUUUUUGCUCAACAUCCAGACAUUGAUGAUCGUGUUCUUGUCAGUCCUGAUACAGAAAAAGGCGCUGAAAAAAUCUCAUUUUUAAUUGCAUCUGACAGAUACUCAAAGCUGUUCAGAAUGAUACUUCCAGAAAUCAAUGAUAACUUCAUUCAGAAUAAUAUAGAUAUUGAAUUAUAUAAUGGAAAUCUGGAUCAGUCUAUUGAAAAUGUUCAGCGUGAAGUAUCAAACUACUUAAGAGAUGAGCAGAAAGCCAUGGAAGAACGUAUUAGGCGAUUUACUGAAGAACAGCAAUCUAGGUAUGCAGAAUUAUUGCAGAGGGUUAGGAAACAUAAACAAGCUAUGAUUUACUUACUUCUUAGAGCCAAAGAACAGCAGCCGGCUGAGGACAUAGCUGUUGUUGAAUCUCCACUAGCAUCACCAGCAUCAGCUGCCAAUAAAGACUCUGCUAAUGAGUCAUGUACGUCAAUAGAUUCAGCAUUUGAUAGAAGUGAGACAUCCGAAUUAUCCCUAGACGGAAAUUUAAAGGAACGAAACGUUCGAUCCCUGAGAAGAACUGUAUCUAAUCCAGCCCGUCCCCGAGCUAAAGUUAAACGUGAACCUAAACGAGCUCCUCUUAGUAUAGAUGUUGGUGGUGUGUUUGAUAUGGAAGAAUUUGAUGUUAAGGAAUCUCUUUCUGGUCAAUCAGAUGAUGAUUCAGAUGAAUGGGAAAAUAAUGCCUCUGAGUAUGUUGAUGAAGGGAAACCUAAAGAACCAUUAAUGUGUGCUACUUCACUUCCUAUGUCCAUUCCAGCUUUUUCAAACUAUUCUCACUUUUCUGUCAUUGAUGAUGAGGAUGAUAAGAUGUCGCCUAUCAAAGAUCCAGAACAGAUCGCUGCAAGCAUGCGUGCUAUUGCUUGUAGUGUAACUGAUGGUACUGAAAUGUUUGGAGAGUUACCGAGAAGACGUUUAAACACUGGUGAACUGUUGUCUUCUAGGCCUAUAUAAGUAUAAAAGGAGUUUAAAGCAGUUUGUGAAGAUGAUAUUCUGUAUACUGUUUAAGAGGAACAUAUGUUACAAGGGAAUUAUCCAGAGGUUUUGGAGACAUAUAUGGCAUCUUACUGUUAACUUCAUAACUUCUGCAUAAUAUGCAUCUGAAGGUCUCAUAUCUGAGCUGUGUGAUCCAUGGAAGUUCAUAAAACAUGUCUAAACUUUAAGUGUAAUGCUCUUCCUUUUAUAAUAAUCACAGCACUUUAUUAAUUUUAAUAUGAAUGAAACACAUAGCCUUAAAAUUAAGUUUUGAAAUGAUUGUUAUUUUGUAAUUUUAAUCUACAAUAUUUGAGCUUUAUGAAUUUUUAAAUUUUUGAGCUUAAAUA